GACCAUCCGACAUUUUUGUCAAGACAAGUUGAGCCCUGUUAAACUGACAAAAAAGUAUUAAUAAUACAUUUUGAAUUUGAAUAUAGGUACCAUUCUAUUUUUAAAAUAAUAAUUUCUUUUAAUCUUUUAUAAUUAUUCAAAAACAGACUUUAAAAUAUCACAAUGCGAACUAAUUAAUCGAAAUAAAUGAGAGAAAAAAUUUUAAAACACGUAUCAGAUCAUCCUGUACAUGAAAUCGAGAUAAAUCCAAGUUCAAGUGCAGAACCGGCAUAGUAUACAAGGUUCCCGGGCCUAGCACCCCGGUUCCAUUCCACGACUGGACCCCACAAGGACAGGACUGGACCAGCUCCAAAAUGUUGCUGUUUUACAUUUUGCUAUGCGCGCAUACGGUAUUAGGGGAGGGUCCUCCGGACUUACCUUCAGGUGAGAAUUCGGAGCCCAUCCUGACUUUCAUGGAGCGCACCUACAAAGCAGGCAGAGCGAGAGCGACAUAUGACGCUGGGGAGCCCCUCCUGCUCACUCCCUUUAUUGAGGAGAAGAAGCUGAAAGAAGGCAGAAAAGCGGCGGCCGUGGAUUCCGACUACUUACUGCCUGAUAUGGACAGCUAUGCUGGGUAUUUGACUGUCAAUAAGGAGUACAAUGCCAACCUGUGGUUCUGGUACUUCCCCGUAGCAGAGAAGAACGUGUCGGAGACACCCCUGAUCUUGUGGCUGCAGGGUGGGCCGGGCGCCUCCUCGCUGUACGGGCUGUUCACGGAAAUUGGACCCUUUUUUGUGACCGAGGAUAAAACUUUAGAAGAAAUAAAGUAUUCUUGGGGCAAGAACCACUCGCUGCUGUUCAUCGACAACCCUGUGGGCACCGGUUUCAGCUUCACAGACGACGACCGCGGAUACGCCACCAACCAGACUACGAUUGGAGAGAACCUGUACGCCGCACUGCAACAGUUCAUGACACUUUUCCCGGAGCUCCGCUCGGCUCCUCUCAUCCUGGCUGGGGAGUCCUAUGCCGGGAAACAUAUCCCAUCUCUAGGAGUACAGAUCCUGUGGCACAGGCAGGAAGAUGAGCCUAUCAAUCUGCAGGGUUUGGCCAUCGGCAAUGGUUUCACUGAUCCUCUGACGCUGCAGAGGUACAGUCACUUCGCCAGAGAAGUCGGCCUGGUAGACGACAAGGUCGCAGACACUAUGAACAUUCUGGAGGGUGCCGUCAUCCAGUUCAUAAAGGAAGGGGAGAUGCUGAAAGCUUAUGCGUACUACAACUAUUUGCUGCAGUUGUUCCUCUCAGAGUCCCGUCUAUCAAAUUUAUACAACUACCUCGACGACGACAUCAGCUUGGAAGGGGCCUACAACGACUACCUCCAGACCACAGAGGUCCGCAAGGCUCUGCACGUGGGUAACACCAACUUCACGUCGAUCGGAGUUGUGUACAGGAAACUAGUGCCUGACUUUAUGAAUAGCGCGAAAAUGUGGCUGGAAGAAUUACUUGAAAACUACAGGGUCAUGCUUUACAACGGCCAUCUCGACAUCAUCGUAGCAUAUCACCCCUCAGUGAACUCAUACAACAGUCUUGGAUUCUCUGGCACGGAGGAGUUUAAGAAAGCCAAUCGGUUGCCAUGGUACCAUGACGGAAAUUUAGCAGGGUAUUACAAAAUGGCGGGAAACCUGACGGAAGUGAUGAUUCGCGGCGCGGGUCACAUGGUUCCAGCUGACAAGCCAGCCGCCUCCCUCGGCCUCAUCUCGGCCUUCGCACGACACAUCACGCUGGACUCAGACACUGGCCCACUUGUCAACGUAGAAACGUUGCGAAAACGCCAGCUGCCCGUCAAAAUAUAGACUUCCACCGUUUUUAUAUUGCCACUGAUAUUUUGUACUUUAUUUAAUAAAUACUUAAGUACCUAAUGAUAAA